AGUCUACUUGUUGAGCUUAAGUUAUAGUUUCAUUUUUGGAUAAAAUGGGCGAAAUUGAACAACCUAGUAAGUUAAGGCUUCUGAAUUUGUCAUUUAAUUUAAAUUCAAGUUUAAAAAGUGUCGGAAAGUUAAAAAGAAUAAUAAUAACUAUGAAAAAACGCUCAGAAGUAGAUUACCUAAUGAUAUAGGAAUGGAUGGCUUGUCAUAUUUUACAACGCAAGGACGUUUAGAACCUAUCGGUCGUUCGGAUGAAGAUCGAGUAAUGACACAUCCCAGCGAUUCGAAUAGAAAACAUGUCACGUUUAACGAUAUUCCUGCAAUCGUAGUUCAAGGGGAUAAUGACAAUACCGGACCUUCCGUUGUCAAAAAAGAAAAAUUGGCCUUAUGCAUAUCUUCAGUGAUGAAUAUGGGAAGAGAGUUGGGUGUAGUUGACACAGUGAAAUUAUGCAUGUAUCUAAAUGUUCCAACAACCAAAUUGGUUAAGGACACUGUCUCGGCCUGCGAAAAAGAACAAGAAGACGAAGAAUUUGCUGCUAAUAUGUUACUUUAUUGGCGAACUAUGAGAGCUUCUGCAAAAGACAGAGAUAAAGCUAGAGAAUUAGAGAGAGGUCUUCGUUCCAUCGGAAGGGAAGAGCUUGCAGACUUCUUUAUGGAAAAAUAUCAAGAAGAUAUUGAUCUGCUUUUGCUGUAUUUCGCACAAUCGAUGAUGUCAGAAGAAAUCGAAUUAUCAAAAAUUGCUUCAAUAUUAAACGCUGCCUUCCCUCAGGGUAUAAAUGACUUAGGAAAUGCUGAAAAAUGUUUAGAAAUCAACCGCAAUAAAAGGAAUGAGUUACAAAAAGAGGUUGAAAGUCUUCAAAAUGAAUACCCAGAUCUGUUGAACGAGGUUGAAAAUACAGAACAAAGUGAGGAAGUACGAUUAGCCAGACAACGUAAGCUUUUUUUCGAAAAUAGGCAAUCGUAUAUGGAUACACUGACAAGAGUAAUUGAAUUCAGGCAAGUAAAAUUGUCUAAUAAUAUAAGAUGUUCAUAUUUAGUAGAAUUUAUGAACGAUUGCAUACUUCAUUGGUACAAGAUGAUAAAGGAGCGUUUCAGUUUAUUAAUGGAAGAGCCUUUAAAGUAUUACGGAUGGCCCAAAGUAAUCAAGCAAAUAGAGGAAAAGUUACCAGCUAACCCUGAAUGGUAUUUAACCCAAACACUCAAUUGGAUUAAAGAUCAUCGUGAUUUUAUGAGAGAAACGAUACAACCAAUUUUCGAUAGGAGUGGAUUAAAGAAUAUUAGCGCUGUUAACGAAUUGAGUCGAGGCUUAGUUUUGCAAGCUAUGGAAAAAUUAGCUGGAGAUGUUGAUGAACUUAUGUACGAUGAAUAUAAUUUCGCUCAUAUGAUUGAUGAGGUUUUAUCUUUCGAUAAAGAAUUACGUAGGAAUUUUGCCUACCCAUUUUCACAGCCCUCAAUGGUGACUGUCAUAGCAACUCAAUCAGUCAAUUCUAAGUGGUUACUUUUGGAAAGUAAAUUUGCCAAAGAAAAGAUGGAUAAAAUGCUUUCGAGUGAAACGGCUUGGAUAUCGUCGUAUAAAGACGUAGAGAAUAUAGACGAAGGCAAAGUUCCUGAGUGUGCUGAAAAUUUUAUGAACUUAAUGCUAACUAUGACAGAUCGAUACAAAUCUGUUGAUAAUAUGUCAGUAAAAUUAAAGUUUGCAAGUUUGCAAUUGCAACUUUUGGAUGACUUUAGAAUCAGAUUAAUACAAAUAAAAGCACAAAUUGACAAUAACCCAGUUAGUGGACAAAUGUGCGCAAUUCUGAAUACUGUUUUCUAUGUUAGCCAAGUAUUAAAGGAAUGGUCUGAUUUAAUGUUUUUCCAAGAUAUUCACGAAGAAAAUUGUCGACGUAACGCCCUGAAAAACGUGUUUAAUCAAGAAGAAAAUAAUUCAAUUUUUGAUGGAAUUAUUGAUCUGUUUGAACGUUUGGUCAAUGAUAUGACAUCUGCCUGCGUUUCGCACGUUAUAGAUGAUGUAAGAAAUAUAAGCAAACCCUACAGACAUGUUAAUUGGAUAACUUUAAAAUCAGUUAAGGAAUACAACAUCAAUCCCUCUCUGUCGGUUAGCGCUUGCGAAACGUUGUUGGUAUUAAAAGAACAUUUACAUAACAUGAACGACUUACUGAAUAGGACAGUUUUUGAAAAGUUUUGGAUAAACGUAGCCGAAGAAUUAGAUAUUUACUUUUUUGAAAAUCUUAUAAUGGUGAAUAGAUUCAACGAAGGUGGAGCGUUACAAUUACAGUUUGAUAUGACAAGAAAUCUUUUUCCCUUAUUUGGACAGUAUACAAUGAAACCUGAAAAUUUCUUGAAAAGAAUCAAAGAGUCUUGCAUAAUAUUAACUCUUUCAAAAGGAACUUGCUUAUCACUUAUAGAAUCUAUUCAGAUUGGAAAUUUUCGCGAUGUACUGAAAGAGUUAAGUGUUAAUAAAUUAAAAGUGGAAGAUGUUAAACUUGUAAUUAAUUUACGAACUGAUGUUGCUAUUUAA